AUGGCAGUACACUCGUUCCAUAUACACCAAGUUAAAGCCAAGACGGCACAUAUCCCCAAUCCUCUAGCAACAUUUCUCCUACUGAAUCCCCAAAAUUUUAAUUACGAGCGUCCGCACAUUGGACAACACUUCAGAGAUGGUUAUCUGCAUAAAAAUGAAUUCAAGAUAGUUUAUGUUGCUCCUAUGAAGGCAUUAGCUGCAGAGGUGACGUCAACCUUCAGUAAUCGAUUAUCUCCUCUGAAUGUAACUGUGAGAGAACUUACCGGAGAUAUGCAACUCUCAAAAAAUGAACUCGAAGAAACUCAGAUGAUAGUGACAACACCUGAAAAGUGGGAUGUGAUCACUCGGAAAAGCAGCGAUAUGUCACUCUCAAUGCUAGUGAAGCUCCUAAUCAUUGAUGAAGUGCAUCUGUUGAAUGAUGAUAGAGGUUCUGUGAUAGAAGCAUUAGUAGCUCGCACUCUUCGUCAGGUGGAGUCCACACAAAGUAUGAUUCGCAUUGUGGGCCUUUCUGCCACACUACCCAAUUAUGUGGAGGUUGCACAAUUUCUGAGGGUGAAUCCAGAGGCAGGCUUAUUUUUCUUUGACUCAAGCUACCGCCCAGUACCUCUUGAGCAGAAGUACAUUGGAGUUUCUGAACAGAACUUUUCAGCUCGCAAUGAAUUGCUUCAUGAAAUAUGCUACAAUAAAAUUGUUGAUUCAUUAAAGCGAGGGCAUCAGGUUAUGGUUUUUGUUCAUUCGCGGAAAGACACUGUAAAAACAGCUGAGAAACUGGUGGAAAUCUCCAGGAAGAAUGAGGAUUUUGAUCUUUUCACAAAUGAGUCCCACCCUCAGCAUGGACUUGUUAAGAAAGAAGUAAUGAAGUCCAGAAAUAAGAAUCUUGUCCAACUUUUUGAAUACGGGGUUGGCAUUCAUCAUGCUGGGAUGUUACGUGCUGACAGAGGUCUGACUGAGCGACUUUUCUCUCAGGGACUUUUGAGGGUUCUUGUUUGCACGGCUACUUUGGCAUGGGGAGUAAAUCUGCCAGCUCACACUGUUGUAAUUAAGGGAACGCAAAUAUAUGAUGCAAAAGCUGGUGGGUGGCGAGAUUUGGGCAUGCUUGAUGUUAUGCAGAUAUUUGGACGUGCUGGAAGGCCCCAAUUUGAUAAAAGUGGUGAAGGAAUUAUAAUCACGAGUCACAAUAAAUUAGCCUACUAUCUGCGUCUCCUCACAAGUCAACUCCCCAUUGAAAGUCAGUUUAUCAACUCUUUAAAAGAUAACCUAAAUGCAGAGGUCGCACUGGGCACAGUGACAAAUGUUAAGGAGGCCUGUGCUUGGCUUGGGUAUACAUAUCUCUUCAUAAGGAUGAAAAUGAAUCCUCUGGCAUAUGGCAUUGGAUGGGAUGAGGUAAUUGCAGAUCCUUCAUUGAGCUUAAAGCAAAGAGCUCUGGUAUCAGAUGCUGCACGUGCUCUUGACAAGGCAAAAAUGAUGCGUUUUGAUGAGAAAAGUGGCAACUUCUAUUGCACCGAGCUUGGUCGUAUUGCCAGCCACUUUUAUAUUCAAUAUUCUAGUGUUGAAACUUACAAUGAAAUGUUGAGACGCCAUAUGAAUGAUAGCGAGGUGAUUGACAUGGUUGCCCAUUCUUCUGAAUUUGAAAAUAUUGUGGUGCGAGAGGAGGAACAGAAUGAGUUGGAAAUGUUGGCUCGCACAUGUCCAUUGGAAAUUAAGGGUGGUCCAUCAAAUAAACAUGGAAAAGUUUCGAUUCUUAUUCAGAUGUAUAUAUCUCGAGGUUCAAUUGAUUCCUUUUCGUUAGUUUCCGAUGCAGCCUAUGUCAGUGCAAGCUUGGCUCGUAUUAUGCGAGCUUUGUUUGAAAUUUGUUUGCGCAGAGGGUGGAGUGAAAUGUCUUCCUUCAUGCUGGAAUAUUGCAAGGCUGUGGAUCGUCAAAUUUGGCCCCACCAACAUCCUCUAAGACAAUUUGACAAAGAUAUUUCAGCAGAUAUACUGAGGAAACUUGAAGAAAGAAGAGUGGACUUAGAUCACCUAUAUGAAAUGCAGGAGAAAGAUAUUGGAGCUUUGAUUCGCUAUACACCUGCAGGGAGGUUGGUCAAGCAAUACUUGGGAUAUUUCCCAAUGCUCCACUUAUUUGCUACGGUCAGUCCAAUCACAAGAACAGUUCUGAAGAUUGAUUUGAUCAUUACACCAGAUUUCUCGUGGAAAGAUCGGUUUCAUGGUACUGCCCAGCGCUGGUGGAUUCUAGUAGAGGAUUCCGAGAAUGACCACAUAUACCACUCAGAGCUCUUUACGUUGACGAAGCGGAUGACCAAUGGGGAACCUCAAAAGCUAUCCUUUACUGUGCCUAUAUUUGAGCCACAUCCUCCUCAAUAUAUUAUUCGUGCAAUUUCAGAUUCGUGGAUGCAUGCUGAGGCUUUUUACACCAUAUCUUUCCAGAACCUUGCGCUUCCAGAGGCACAUACAACACAUACAGAACUUCUUGAUCUGAAACCCCUUCCUGUGACUGCACUUGGCAAUGGAACUUAUGAAGCAUUGUAUACAUUUUCGCACUUUAAUCCUAUACAGACACAGGCCUUUCAUGUUCUGUAUCAUACGGACCAGAAUGUUCUCUUAGGAGCUCCAACAGGAAGUGGGAAAACCAUAUCAGCUGAGCUUGCUAUGCUCCAUCUGUUUAACACUCAGCCAGAUAUGAAGGUUAUUUAUAUUGCUCCUUUGAAGGCUAUUGUCCGAGAAAGAAUGAAUGAUUGGAAGAAGCAUCUUGUUUCUAAACUUGGAAAACGGAUGGUUGAAAUGACAGGGGAUUAUACACCGGAUAUGACCGCUCUCUUAUCAGCAGACAUUAUAAUUGCUACUCCUGAAAAGUGGGAUGGCAUCAGCCGUAAUUGGCAUAGUCGAAGCUAUGUCAAGAAGGUCGGGCUUAUGAUAUUGGAUGAAAUUCAUUUACUUGGUGCUGAUCGUGGACCCAUUCUAGAGGUGAUUGUCUCCAGAAUGAGAUAUAUAUCCUCACAGACAGAACGCUCAAUUAGGUUUGUUGGCCUUUCUACGGCAUUGGCAAAUGCGCAUGAUUUGGCUGAUUGGCUGGGUGUUGAAGAAAAUGGUCUAUUUAAUUUCAAGCCCAGUGUUAGGCCCGUCCCUCUAGAAGUCCAUAUCCAGGGAUAUCCUGGGAAGUUUUACUGCCCAAGAAUGAAUAGCAUGAAUAAGCCCACCUAUGCUGCUAUAUCUACUCAUUCACCCACAAAACCAGUUCUUAUAUUUGUUUCUUCUCGUCGCCAGACCAGGCUUACUGCCCUGGACCUCAUUCAGUUUGCAGCUUCAGAUGAGUGCCCAAGACAUUUUCUGGGUAUGCCAGAAGAAGCACUUCAGAUGAUACUUUCUCAGGUCACUGACCAGAACCUUAGGCACACUUUGCAGUUUGGUAUUGGGUUACAUCAUGCAGGGUUGAACGAUAAGGACAGAUCUCUAGUAGAGGAACUUUUUGCAAAUAACAAGAUUCAGGUAUUAGUUUGCACGAGUACAUUAGCUUGGGGUGUAAAUCUUCCUGCACAUUUAGUUAUUAUAAAGGGAACAGAAUAUUAUGAUGGAAAAGCAAAGAGGUAUGUUGAUUUUCCAAUCACAGAUAUUUUGCAAAUGAUGGGCAGAGCAGGGCGACCACAAUAUGAUCAACACGGUAAAGCUGUUAUUCUCGUUCAUGAACCAAAAAAGAGCUUCUAUAAAAAGUUUCUCUAUGAGCCAUUCCCAGUUGAAAGUAGCCUAAGAGAGCAGUUGAAUGAUCAUAUCAAUGCUGAGAUAGUUUCUGGAACAAUUUGUCAUAAAGAGGAUGCAAUAUAUUAUCUCACCUGGACGUAUUUGUUCCGCAGAUUGAUGGUUAAUCCAUCUUAUUACGGAUUAGAGGAUAAAGAUCCUGGAACUCUAAGCUCUUACUUGUCAAGCUUAGUGCUAAGCACAUUUGAGGAUCUGGAAGACAGUGGUUGCAUCAAGAUUACUGAAGACAGGGUCGAGCCCAUGAUGUUGGGCUCAAUAGCAGCUCAAUAUUAUCUAAAAUACACAACUGUAUCAAUGUUUGGUUCCAAUAUAGGAGCAGAUACAUCACUUGAAGUUUUCCUCCACAUAUUGUCUGGUGCUUCUGAAUAUGAUGAGCUUCCUGUACGGCAUAAUGAAGAAAAUUACAAUGCUGACUUGUCCAACAAGGUUCCCCUUCUGGUGGACAAGAAUCUUCUUGAUGAUCCACACGUGAAAGCAAAUCUUCUUUUUCAGGCACAUUUUUCCCAAAUUGAGCUACCAAUCACUGACUAUGUCACCGACUUGAAAUCAGUAUUGGAUCAAAGUAUCCGUAUUAUCCAGGCCAUGAUAGAUGUAUGCGCUAACAGCGGAUGGCUCUCUAGUAGCAUCACUUGUAUGCGUCUAUUGCAAAUGGUGAUGCAGGGUUUAUGGUAUGACAGAGAUUCUCCCCUACGGAUGUUGCCAUGCAUGACAGAUGAUCUCAUUAAUUUAUUGAAUCAGAAAGGAAUCUCAAAUGUCUUGCAAUUGUUGGAUCUUCCCCUGACAUCUUUGCAGGAUAUCACUAGGAGUUCUGUUUCUUCCAGAUUAUAUGAGGAUCUGCAGCAUUUUCCUCGUAUUCAAGCGUGGUUGAAGCUCCAGAGACGGAAUGCUGGUGAUGAACGGCGUAUGAGUCUGAAUAUUAGAUUGGAAAAGAAAAAUGGCUCCAGGAGAACAUUGAGAGCUUUUGUUCCGCGUUUCCCAAAGGUAAAAGAUGAAGCUUGGUGGUUGAUCCUUGGAAACACCUCUACUGCUGAACUAUAUGCUUUGAAGAGAGUUUCUUUCCCCGACAUUUUGCAGAUGCACAUGGAUAUACCAUCAACUGUAAACAACUUCCAGGGUAUGAAGCUGAUUCUGGUUUCAGAUUGUUAUCUUGGGUUCGAACGUGAAUAUCCCAUUGAAGAACUUGCCAAGUCUCGGCGGUAA